AUGAUUGCUGCGACUUUGCCAGUCAGCACAGCUGAGUGUGAAAAAAGCGCUUGUACAAUGAAGGCUGUGAAGUCUGAUCUACAAAAAGACAGACUUGAUAGCCUGUUGAUGCUGGCUGAUGAACCACCAGGUGUGACCUGUCCAAGUAGGUUAUCUACAGAUACAUCCCCAGGCCAAUCAACAGGAACUGCAACUUGGAAUCUGCCAACAGUAACUGAUGAUAUUGACACAGGCUUGUCAGCUACCUGCACCCCACCAUCUGGCUCAUCGUUUCCUGUUGGUGACACUCCUGUUACGUGUACUUCAACUGACAACAGUGGUAAUACUGGUUUCUGCACCUUCACUGUAAUCAUAAGAGAUAAUGAACUUCCAAGUGUAACCUGCCCUGAUGACAUUACAGAGAUUGCUGCAGCUUCAAAUCAAGCUACAGUGACCUGGGGUCACCCAGCAGUCAGUGACAAUGUUAAUAUUGGUCUGUCAGCUACUUGUAUUCCACCUUCUGGUUACUCAUUUGAUGUUGGUUCAAAUUCUGUUACUUGUUCUGCUGCUGAUGCUGCUAAUAAUGUAGGCAGUUGCAUGUUUGCUGUCAAUGUUGAAGUGCCUGUACCAGAAGGCCCAGUUGUGACCUGUAUUGAUAGUGAUAUUUUACAAGGUACAUCUCCAGGCCAAUCAACAGCAACUGCAACUUGGCGUCAGCCAACAGUAACUGAUGAUAUUGACACUGGCUUGACAGCUACUUGUACUCCACCUUCUGGUUCAUCAUUUUCACUUGGUACCAAUACUGCUAUGUGUACUGCAACUGACAGUAAUGGCAAUGUUGGUUCCUGCACAAUUACUGUUUUAGUCCAUGACAAUGAGAGUCCCAAUUUAGCAUGUCCUGAGGAUAUUUCCAUGAGUACAUCCUCAAGCCAAGCUACAGUGACCUGGAAUGACCCAACAGUCAGUGACAAUGUUGAUACUGGUUUGUCAGCUACUUGUACUUCAUCUUCUAAUUCAUCAUUUAGUCUUGGUUCAAAUGAUGUCACUUGUUUUGCUACUGAUUCAGCUUUUAAUACAGGUAGCUGUAUGUUUACAGUUCGUAUCAUUGCGAUGGAUGUUUCUUUGUGGCUAGAGGCAAUGGUGCAGACACGAAAAAGUUGCACAAGCUGCCUUAACUUGGGCAUUAAUCUCAAAGUCGAUGCUGCUGUCGGCCGCUAUAGAACUCCCUAG